UUCAAAAGGAAAUCCAAAUUAUUAAUUGACAUAUGUAAAUGGCAGAUCUUGAAGAUGAAGCUGUGGCAACAGAGGCCGAGGAAAAUGAGGAAGCUCAAGAAGCCAAGGAAGAAGAUGAAGCGCCAGAAGAUCUGGAAGUCGAAGAAGAAGCUCUCGAGGAAGCUGAAAUUGAUCCUUUCGAGCUGCUCAACGAGGACACCGAGGACAAUGAGGAGCAGGAACGAAUGUAUCGUGAAUAUCUCGAUUUGACGAAACAAAUCGAUUGUCAGAAGAACAUUAUUAACAAUAUGUUGGCAAGAAAAAUGAAUUUAAUUGAUCAACAAUGUAAAACUCGCAAGGAUAAAGCGGACCUCAAGAAAUUGCGAAUUUGCAUCGAUCAGGAGAACAUUAAAUUGCACACUAUGACAAAUCGGGCAAUUCAGCUGCAAAACUUCGGAUCAGCUCGUUUAUAUGGCGACAUCGAACUGCCGAUCGAUGAUUUUGAGCAGAAUAUAUUCAUGCCUCCUCCGCCAAGUUGUUGUUCCAGUUAUCCAUCAACCUCCAAGCGACGUGGCACACAAUUAACGGCGCAACAAAUUUGUGAUGCUUGUGAGGCAUGUGGCACUUCGAAGGGUUGCAGUCCUUGCAAUCCUUGCAAGCCAUGCGAUCCUUGUAAUCCUUGUAAUCGUUGCAAUACCUGUGGUGAAUGCAAUCCUUGUACUAAUUCGUCUACUGAUUCAGAUGAUGCUUGUUGUACUUGAAGAAAUGUGCUAUAUAA